UGUGAAUGCCGAAUAUUCAAAAAAGAAUCCACGAAAAAAAAUUAAUAAAAUCAAAUAUGAGUGUAUAUCCAUCGCCAUGAGGAUACACUUAUAACAGCGUCGCUUGGCCGUAUAUAUUGGCAGUGUUUGAGUUGUGGACGCGAUGGCGCCAUUUACGAAUAAUGCAUUCUAUUAAAACCGAAUGUCGCAGCUGGAAACGAUGGAAACCAAUAUGGCCUUGAUCCUCGCCGAGGCUGGCACAGUCGGCUCCUGGCUGGUCGCGUAAUCAACAAUAAUAAUCACGAUCGCGGUGAAGAAUGGUCGCUGGCCGCCUUCCGCGUCGCCCACGAUUCCAAGACGCGUGUGCGCGAUGACCACUGCAGUGCAAUAAAAAUACCAUCCAUUGAAAUAUAUCAGUCGCAAUUGUCGCUGCGCAUCGAUCUCUUCAAUCCUCAUCACAUCUUCCACAGCCAGUGGUGAACGGUGCGCGGUGAUUAGCUGUAUAUCUGGAAUAUCAAACCUAGAGACAGAUUUAUCGACUGAAAUCGAAGCACAAUAAAACCUAAAAAAUUAAAAAUAAAUAAAACGUAUUAAUAACUCGUGAAGUGACUCUAGUUGAUAAAAUGUGCGUUAUCUUCGGUUUGAAAUGAUUAAUUAACGAUUGAUAAACAAAUGAACGUUUGUUGUCCGUUUUAAUGCAUAAAUAACGCGCAGUUUACAGUAUACAUUCAGACACACAACGAAUAAGCUCAACUCAAUAAGUAUCGUCGGAUUAUUCAAAUUCAAUACAUAUUUUCAAUAUAUCUGUGGUAGAUUUUUAAUUAAGUAAUUAUUAUAUUAGUGACUGUAAUGUCUAAGUUGCUAGUUGUGAAUAUGAUGAGCUGUGAUUCGAAAAGUUUUAAGUUAGAAGUUAAAUAAUAGACGACGCACAAUUUUGUUGAGGAAAGAAGAAGAAGAAGAAGAGUUUUGCUGUGAAUAUGGAAGGUGGGAAUACGCAGAAAUUGCUGCGUGCACCGAAUCUCAAACGAGGAAGGCAGGAUGAACGGAUUACAGACAGGGUGAAAUUGGAAAAAGUGUUUGGGGUGACGCUGAAUAGUCGAUCUGCGUUGGUGUGUGAUCCGAAUACCGGAGUUAUUGCAUAUCCAGCAGGAUGUACAGUAGUGUUGUAUCACUCGGCGUCGCGACACCAAAGCCACAUUAUCAAUGCAAGCAGGAAGAGUAUCACAACACUGGCGUUUUCAUCCUGUGGGCGGUAUAUUGUCACAGGUGAGACCGGCCAUCAUCCUGCUGUGCGAGUAUGGGAUUUGUUACCGGAUCCGCAGGUACCUGGCAUGGCCGGGCAUUAUCCCAAACCACAACAGGUCGCUGAGUUUUUCGGACAUAAAUUCGGCGUUGGAUGUGUGGCAUUUUCACCCUCGAACAAAAUCAUAGUCAGUGUAGGCAGCCAACAUGACAUGAUCGUAAACGUAUGGGACUGGCGUAACAAUAUCAAAGUAGCAAGCAACAAAGUCAGCACCAAGGUGAAAGCGAUUGCAUUCGCUGAAAAUGGCAGCUAUUUCGUCACUGUUGGUAACAGACUUGUUAAGUUCUGGUAUCUGGACGGUGGUAGAAACAAAUAUAAUAAAGAAGCAGUGCCCCUAAUGGGACGCUCCGCCAUCUUGGGUGAACAACGCAACAAUAACUUCGUAGAUGUCGCUUGUGGCAAAGCCGAAUGCGGUGAUAACACAUACGCCAUCACACGUUCCGGUCUACUCUGUGAGUUUAACAACCGAAGAUUAUUGGAUAAAUGGGUAGAACUACGUACGUCCAGCGCAAAUUCACUCACCGUGGGUGAAAAGUACAUUUUCGUGGGGUGUGAUGGCGGAAUCGUGCGAUGUUUCGACCCACAAUCACUACAAUUUGUCACAACACUACCCAGAUCACAUUAUUUGGGUGUAGAUGUCUCUCUAGGACAAAAUAUCACUCAUAUGUCUUCACCACCUCCAAACGCGAAGUAUCCCGAUGUUAUCGCACUUACCUACGACGAGAAAAACCACUCAGUCACCUGCGUGUACAACGAUCACUCAAUUUACAUCUGGGAUGUGUGGAACAUCUACAAAGUCGGCAAAUCCGUCUUUCUAUUCCACUCCGGGUGUAUCUGGGGCGUGGAAACAGCCCCGACGAAUUGCCCGUUACCUCCCGGGUCUUUCCUCACGUGCAGCUGGGAUGACACGAUCCGUGUGUGGACUUUGGACCGGUUCGAUGAGAAGUCCUUCAAAGGCAUGUACGUCCGGAAUAUUUACAGUAAAGAACUGCUGAAGGUGAUUUACACGGAUCCGGAAUGCAAUUAUCUCAAAGAUCGUGGCAGUACAAUGCAGGAUAGUAAGGAGAAUGCGUCCUAUGAUACAGUUAAUGGUGUCAGGUCGAUUCGCUUGAGUCCGGACGGGAAGCAAUUGGCUUCGGGUGAUCGCACGGGGAAUAUACGGAUUUACGAGACGACGAAUAUGAGUCAGGUGUUGAUGAUCGAGGCGCAUGAUUCGGAGGUGUUGUGUUUGGAGUUUAGCGCGCAGGAUUCGGGAGGGCACAAGUUGAUGGCGAGCGCGUCGAGGGAUAGGCUCAUUCAUGUGUUUGAUGUGAAUCGGGACUUUAACUUCCUGCAGACGCUGGAUGAUCAUUCUAGUUCGAUCACGUCGGUGAGGUUCUUGAACUCGCAGCAUGGGAAUUUGCAGAUGAUUAGCUGCGGAGCGGAUAAGAGUUUGAUUUUUCGAUCUUUGGCUGGGACUCCGAAUGGAACUCCGCAAUUCCAACGUUCGCACAACGCCACCGGCAAAAACACCCUCUACGACAUGGAAAUCGACGCCGGCGAGAAACACGUCCUCACCGCCUGCCAAGACCGCAACGUCCGCGUUUACAACGUUGUAUCCGGCAAGCACACAAAAACCUUCAAAGGCUGCAUCGGCGACGAAGGCUGUCUCAUCAAAGUCGUCCUGGAUAAAUCCGGCAGCUAUCUCGCCACAUCCAGCACAGACAAAUCACUCUGUGUUUAUGAUUAUUACACUGGUGAAUGCAUGGCGACAAUGAGCGGACACUCCGAACUAGCCACGGGACUCUGCUUCACCAGCGACUGCAAACGCAUCAUUUCCACCAGCGGAGAUGGCUGCAUCUUCGUCUGGAAACUACCGCAUGAUAUGGUUGUGUCCAUGCACGCACGCUACAACCAACAGGUGAUGUUAUCCGGGAAGAAACCCGAUGAGGAAUUGUUCAGCGAGAAUGAGAGUGAGAGUGAUGAAGAUCUGUUAAAUACAACAAUCAUCAGAAGAAUGAGUUUUGGUAAACUUCCCACAUGGGCUAAGAAAAAGAUGACGAAAAACUUCAAACCCGCUGAGGAACCACCAGAGAAGAAUAUCGUACAGCCUAAAGGACGAUGGGCCGAACGGGCGGCUAAUAAUGAAAUGGGGAAGAACGCGUAUUAUUUUUCAGACGUGGAUAGUUCGUUAGAAAGCGACCGGGAUCUUUCCAAUGCGAAUAAAACAAAGGACUUAAAUGACGAGGUGAUGGCAAGCACCGAUGCAAGUACAUCGCAGGUUGAUGCAACUGCCGAAAACGAUCUGGAAUCAACCGCGCAUGAUGCCGACGUUGAUUCGGAUCAUGAUUACCGUCAACAACCCCUGUACUACCCGAACGCCGCAGAUUCCGCAUCCGGUAGUGAAUUCACCGUGAAUAACAUCGACGUUGAUGAAUUGAGGAAGUCGGUGCGGCGUUCGAAACGCGCUAGUCUCCCGCCGUUGGCCCUGCAGUCAUCGACGCCAAAUCCACAGACUUCCUUGAGUACUGGUACCGGUAGUCAGGAGAGUGAUGACGAUGACGACGAUGAAGCGUCGACUCCGAGUGGCGAGAACACCGACGCUAAUCCGAUGUCUAUUUUAUCGACGAGUAUGGAGUCGCUGUAUCAUAAUCGGGAGAAGUAUCUGCAGUCGACGUAUGAGAGUCUUAGUGGGAAUGAAUUGGAUUCACCUGCAUUAAAUAAGUCGUCGAUAUCAGCACAACAUCACACGCGGAGAAGUUUGGGGUUGCGGAAUGUCGCUGUAGUGAAUGCGGCGAAGCAGACGAAGAAUGAUGUGGAGACGACGAAGAAACGCGAGCUUUUGAAUAAGAUGAUUGCGGAUACGAAGAAAAAGUUGCAAUGUAUUGGAUACGUGUCACCAUUAAAAGCCUCCCAAUCAAUCUGUGACCUAUCCCACGUUCCCGAGAAGGAAGGCCGCAAGGACCGCCACCGAUCAACAGUGCAACGAAGCAGCAGUAAUGCGAAAGAAGUCGCCGCGUUUGUGGAUGCAAGAAUGGCGGCGCAAUUGGAUGCCUCGGGCAGCGGGGGCGGUAAUAUGCGUCGGGCGUGUAGCCUCAGCGAUUUGAGCCAUCCCAGCACACCGCCGCAUCAUAAUAAUAGUAGUAGUACCAAUAGUAGACAGGAAGGUAAAUACCCCAAGAAUCCUCAGGUUACACGUUUGAGAAACCGAGAUGUUGAGAGAAAUUCAGAUAGGACUUCAUCGCAUUCAUCGCCGAUGAUGCGUAGCAGUUCAGUGAGUGUUUUAAAUCCUUCUGACUCUGAUGAUGGAGGCGGUAGUGGCAGUGGUAGUAGGAAUGGUUUGUCUGAUAAACUUGCCUCACAAUCGAGGCUUAUGCGGCCGACAAUUAGCUCACAGAAUAAAAUCGCCGGAGGGAAGAAUUUAUUAAGGAAACGACAUUCUCACUCAACACUUAAUUUAGCGUCAAUUACAAGAGAAGAUAGUUCUUCCGAAGAGUCUGAAGCCCCGCCGCCCCCAAUUCAGAAACCUGUGGUCCCGCCACGAAAACACCUUCCUAUACAAAACGACGUGAAGCAUUACAAUAACAUGCGUGACAAAUUAAAAGCGCUCGAGGCUGGCAAUGAAGUGAUUAUUAACAAUGCGACUACGAAUGGUAAUCAGGGUGUACAAGCGACGAAUCGUGCCAAAUGGUCCAAACCGGAGGUGAAUAAUGUGGAAGUGUCUACUACAAUUCAAGAAUCUAAGAAGUUAUGUAAAGAUGUUGCUGAUAAUCUCGUCUCAACCGCCAAUGAAGUGGUGAAACUUUACGAUAAUCUGACCAGCGCUAAUAAAAAGGACCUCGCCGCCGGAAACGCACCCUCCGCUGUUGAAGAACGUACCAAUAUGGUGAAAACCCUCCAACUGAGCAUCGUGACAACACAAAAGGUGCUGCAUGACCUCACGUUGCAGAUUCUGCGGCAGGAUCGUAGCAAUGUGGACGUGAAUCAAACCGAUUCGGUGAAGAAACUCAACGAUCUUAUUGAAAAAGGCUUCCCUACUGAUGAAUCUGCGAUUGUCAACAUUAUGCAACAGUAUUCCGAUAUUCUGCUCGGUAUGAUGCAGCAGAAGAUUGAAGACUCGAACAAGUAAUUUCAUUCUUACCACUGUUAAGAUCAAAAGUAAUUAAUUAAUGUGUAAAGAGUUGUGAUUGGAGUGGAAUUGCUACAUUUUGAAGAAAACGCCAAUUAUCGAUAGUGUCUCUUGUUUAGGUUGUACGCAUUGUAAUUUAUUUUAGUUGUUUCAUAUUCUUGUCUCUUCAUUAAGUUUACUGUUAAAUUAUUGUACGUAUGGGUAAGCGCCAACUGACAUAUUCAACAUUCCAUUUUUGUACGGAUAUUUUGAACUGAUGUGAUUUGUGAACUGAGGACGCGGACUGAACUUGUGCGCCAAACGUUUUUGGAGGUUUUUUAAUGUGCGAAAUGAUGGGGAGCGAAGCAAACAGAACAAUUACAAUGUGUUAUAGAUAGGUGGUUCAAUUUUCAGUUGUAUUGUUGCUGGUUGUACCUAGUUGUAAGCUGUAAGUUUGUACGUUCUGUUGUGUUUUGUUUGAUUUGUUUUGGAGUGAAGGAUGUUUAACCGCAAUGCCAAAAUAAUGUCGAAUUAGAAACGAAUUAAAGAUAUUAACAAUGAA